AUGAGGAGAGCACGUCGUUCCGCCGCGUCCUCGAGGAGCUGUUGCCGCUCCUCCGUGGAGAAGAGGCAACCCGCCUCCUCAACUGGUGCCUGCUGGAUGGAGAGGUGGACAACGCGGCGCCACCGCACAUUGUUACCUUCCUCGUGGGCACAGGCGUCGUCUUGCAGCUUCUUCAGCGACUCGAAGGACUCAACGAUCGCCUUCUACUACGCCGAUUGCUCCUCCGGGUCUAGCCUGUCGUCAGCCAAGUCGACGUCGUCCUCGUCCUCCGCUUCCGCUGCCGUCGCUUCCACCUCCCAGGCCGCCAAAUCCGCGGACGCUGCCUCCUUCCGCAGCAGCUGCUCCAGCCCCUCCCGUCACCGCCGAUGCUCGAGCUCCUGCAUCCGCAACCGCUGUUGCAGAUCCUCCACACGCUGCCGCUCGUGCAGUUCAUCCCGACACCGUUGCUGCUCCAACUUCUCUCGGGACCGCAGCUUGUCCUCCACCCUCUACGCCUCGAGGCGGAGACACGACUCUUCCGCCGCGGCCUUCGCCGCCCGUUUUGGCCACUUGUGCGCGACAAACGCAUCUAUGGUGGCCGCUUGCGCCAUCGCCUCCCACCCGUCGUUGUCUGCCAGCUCUGGGUCUACAUCGUAUUCCAUGCUCUCAUCGUACACAAGGGUGCCGGCAGGUGGAGGUAGAGAUGCUGGUGGUGGUGGAGAUGGAAGUGGAGGUGGAGACAGUGGUGGAGGUAGCUGGCCACCACCGAUGCGGCUCAGCAUUGAUUAG